GUCGCCGUGUCUCUUGGUUUCAGGAGGUGGCUGAGGCAGAAAUGGAGGAACGGGUUGGCCUCCUCUCCUUUUUCUGCCUGGGCAGGGAGCGAAGGGCGAAGUAGUCUUUUUAAAAGCCCAAAAACAAAAGAGAAAAGGGCAGUUUCGGUGCCGCUUCGUCCUGGUGGUUCCUUUCCCAGUCUGUUUUUGUUAUUGCUUCCUUUCUCUCGCCCCCAACCUCUCGAAAGUAUGAGAGAGCGGCAGAGGUGGUGGUGGUGCUGCUGCUGCUCCUCUUCGUCUUCUCCUCAGCCUCCUUUUCCUUCCCCGCUGCUCGCCCCACUACCGCUACGACGACGACGACCACCGCCACCUUCUCCUUCCUCCCCUUCGCCUCCCCGCCGCCGGUGAGAGCCCGAGGAGAGAAGAUGGGCGCCGUCCUGAGGAGUCUCCUAGUCUGCGGUUUAUGUUCCCUAACGAAAGCUUCACCACUGCUGUUGUAUGCUAAUCGGCGUGAUCUACGAUUGGUGGAUGCUGCCCAAGUGAAUGACAAUGCUACAGUUGUGGUAGGUGGCUUAGAAGAUGCAGCUGCUGUGGACUUUGUCUUUAUCCAUGGCUUGAUAUACUGGAGUGAUGUAAGUGAAGAAGCCAUUAAACGAACAGAAUUCAACAGAACAGGGAGUGUGCAAAAUGUGGUUAUUUCUGGACUUUUGUCACCUGAUGGAAUAGCAUGUGAUUGGCUGGGUGAAAAACUGUAUUGGACAGAUUCUGAAACGAACCGGAUUGAAGUUUCCAAUUUAGAUGGAUCGCUGCGAAAAGUUUUAUUCUGGCAAGAGUUGGAUCAACCCAGAGCAAUUGCCUUAGAUCCUGCAAGGGGGUUCAUGUACUGGACAGAUUGGGGAGAAGUGCCAAAGAUAGAGCGUGCUGGGAUGGAUGGUUCAAGCCGCUCCAUUAUAAUUACAGCAGAUAUUUAUUGGCCAAACGGAUUGACCCUUGACUAUGAAGAACAGAAGCUGUAUUGGGCAGAUGCUAAACUGAAUUUUAUUCACCGAUCAAAUCUGGAUGGAUCACAUCGGCAACCUGUUAUUAAAGGGUCCCUUCCACAUCCCUUUGCUUUGACCUUAUUUGGGGACACAUUAUACUGGACAGACUGGACAACUCGCUCUGUCUUGGCUUGCAACAAAUAUACUGGGGAGAAUCUUCGUGAAAUACAUACCAACAUAUUUUCUCCCAUGGAUAUCCAUGUGUUCAGCCAGCAGCGGCAACCCAACGCUACAAAUCCAUGUGGAACAAAUAAUGGUGGUUGUUCCCACUUGUGUUUGAUGUCUCCCUUCAAGCCAUUCUACCAGUGUGCAUGUCCCACAGGUGUGAAACUGCUUGAGAAUGAAAAGAUCUGCAAGGAUGGUGCUGUGGAAUUGCUGCUGUUAGCCCGAAGGACUGACUUGAGGCGAAUAUCCUUGGACACUCCAGAUUUCACUGAUAUUGUUUUGCAUCUAGAAGAUAUUCGACAUGCCAUUGCUAUUGACUAUGAUCCUGUAGAAGGGUACAUCUACUGGACAGAUGAUGAGGUGAGGGCCAUCCGGCGCUCAUUAAUUGAUGGGUCAGCUAGCCAGUUUGUUGUCCAGGCACAAAUUGCACAUCCUGAUGGCAUUGCUGUAGACUGGAUUGCCCGAAACCUUUACUGGACUGAUACUGGAACAGACCGCAUUGAAGUUACAAGACUUAAUGGGACCAUGAGGAAGAUCUUGAUCUCAGAAGAUCUUGAAGAACCUAGAGCUAUUGUUUUGAAUCCUAUGUUUGGUUACAUGUAUUGGACUGACUGGGGAGAGAUUCCGAAGAUUGAGAGGGCAGCAUUAGAUGGAUCAGACAGAGUUGUAUUGGUGAAUACCUCACUUGGUUGGCCAAAUGGAUUGGCACUGGAUUACAUAGAAAACAAGAUAUACUGGGGAGAUGCCAAAACAGACAAAAUUGAGGUCAUGAACACUGAUGGAACUGGCAGGAGAGUCCUUGUGGAGGACAAGCUACCUCAUAUCUUUGGCUUCACACUUUUGGGGGACUAUAUUUAUUGGACAGACUGGCAGAGGCGAAGCAUUGAACGAGUUCAUAAGCAGACAGCAGAAAGAGAAGUUAUCAUUGACCAGCUACCUGACCUCAUGGGGCUGAAGGCUACAAAUGUCCAUCAGAUAAUUGGUACAAAUCCUUGUGCAGAAUCCAAUGGAGGUUGUAGCCACCUCUGCUUGUUCAGGCCUCAGGGUUUGCGCUGUGCUUGCCCCAUAGGCCUGGAGCUCAUAAGUGACAUGAAGACAUGUAUUGUCCCAGAAGCUUUCUUACUGUUUUCCCGCAGAGCCGAUAUCAGGCGAAUCUCUCUGGAGACAAACAACAAUAAUGUUGCUAUCCCGCUUACAGGAGUUAAAGAGGCUUCUGCCUUGGAUUUUGAUGUGACUGACAAUCGCAUAUAUUGGACAGACAUCUCAUUAAAGACUAUCAGCAGAGCAUUCAUGAAUGGAAGUGCCCUGGAACAUGUGGUUGAAUUUGGCUUGGAUUACCCAGAAGGCAUGGCUGUGGACUGGCUAGGCAAGAAUCUGUAUUGGGCUGAUACAGGAACAAAUCGUAUUGAAGUGUCGAAGUUAGAUGGGCAGCAUCGCCAGGUUCUAGUGUGGAAGGAUUUGGACAGUCCUCGUGCAUUGGCAUUGGAUCCUGCUGAAGGAUUCAUGUAUUGGACAGAAUGGGGUGGGAAGCCAAAAAUUGACAGAGCUGCCAUGGAUGGUAGUGAGCGUACUACAUUGGUGCCAAAUGUGGGACGGGCUAAUGGGCUGACAAUCGAUUAUGUUAAAAGAAGAUUGUACUGGACUGAUCUAGAUACCAAUUUGAUUGAAUCUUCAAAUAUGCUAGGCCUUGACCGUGAUGUUAUAGCAGAUGACCUGCCUCAUCCAUUUGGUCUGACUCAGUACCAAGAUUACAUCUAUUGGACGGAUUGGAGCCGGCGUAGUAUUGAACGUGCCAAUAAAACCAGUGGCCAGAACAGAACUGUCAUCCAAAACCACUUGGAUUAUGUGAUGGAUAUCCUAGUCUUCCAUUCGUCUCGGCAAGCUGGCUGGAAUGAGUGUGCUUCCAGUAAUGGGCAUUGCUCCCAUCUGUGUUUGGCAGUGCCCGUGGGUGGUUUUGUCUGUGGAUGUCCAGCUCACUACUCUUUGAACUCUGACAAUAAAACAUGUAGUGCCCCUACAAGUUUCUUGCUCUUCAGUCAGAAGAAUGCAAUCAAUCGCAUGGUCAUAGAUGAGCAGCAGAGUCCAGAUAUCAUCCUUCCAAUCCACAGCCUUAGGAAUGUCCGGGCUAUUGACUAUGAUCCACUGGAAAAGCAACUGUACUGGAUAGACUCACGACAAAAUGUUAUAAGGAGGUCCCAGGAAGAUGGUAGUCAGAGCUUUACAGUUGUGAUGAGUCCAGUUCCCAAUCAGAACCUAGACAUACAGCCUUAUGACUUGAGCAUUGAUAUCUAUAGUCGUUAUGUUUACUGGACUUGUGAAGCAACAAAUGUCAUCAAUGUAACACACCUGGAUGGGAGGCCAAUGGGAGUAGUGUUGAAAGGUGACCAAGAUAGGCCCAGAGCCAUUGUUGUGAAUCCAGAGAAGGGGUACAUGUAUUUCACCAAUCUCCAGGAGAGAUCCCCUCCUAAAAUAGAAAGGGCAGCAUUAGAUGGGACUGAACGGGAAGUCCUCUUUUCCAAUGGACUGAGCAAACCUAUAGCUUUGGCAAUUGACAGCCAGUUGGGGAAGCUCUUCUGGGCAGAUUCUGACCUGCGAAGGAUUGAAAGCAGCGACCUCUCAGGUGCCAAUCGAAUAGUUUUAGAAGACUCCAACAUACUACAACCUAUAGGUCUGACUGUAUUUGAAAACUGGCUCUACUGGAUUGAUAGGCAUCAACAGAUGAUUGAAAAAAUUGAUAUGACCCGUCAAGAGGGACGUACAAAAGUUCAGGCUCGUAUUGCCCAACUAAGUGAUAUCCACGCAGUUAAAGAACUCAACAUGCAGGAGUUUAGGCAGCACCCCUGUUCCCAAGAUAAUGGUGGUUGUUCACACAUAUGUAUUGUGAAAGGUGAUGGAACCACACGCUGUUCUUGCCCAGUGCACCUUGUUUUGCUUCAGGAUGAACUUUCCUGUGGAGAGCCACCAACCUGCUCCCCGCAACAUUUCACAUGUUUCACAGGGGAGAUUGAUUGCAUUCCUGUAGCCUGGCGCUGUGAUGGAUUCACAGAAUGUGAAGAUGCUAGUGAUGAAAAGAAUUGUCCUGUGUGUUCAGAGUCCCAGUUCCAGUGUGAGAGUGGACAGUGCAUUGAUCGAGCCCUUCAGUGCAAUGGAGAACCAAAUUGCCAGGAUAGCUCAGAUGAAAAGAAAUGUGAAGUGCUUUGUUUAACAGAUCACUUCCGAUGUGCCAGUGGGCAGUGUAUUGGGAAAAACAAGAAAUGUGAUGAGCACUUUGACUGUAGUGACAGUUCUGAUGAACUGGGAUGCUACACAACUGAAGAACCAGCCCCUCAAGCUACCAACACAAUAGGUUCUAUCAUUGGAGUGAUUCUCACAGUUUUUAUAGUUGCCGCUAUGUAUUUUGUUUGCCAGAGAGUGUUGUGCCCACGCAUGAAAGGGGAUGGUGAAACAAUGACCAAUGAUUAUGUGGUGCAUGGACCAGCUUCUGUACCUCUAGGCUAUGUGCCUCACCCAAGCUCUCUCUCUGGAUCUCUUCCUGGAAUGUCCCGUGGCAAAUCUAUGAUUAGUUCACUCAGUAUUAUGGGUGGAAGUAGUGGACCACCCUAUGACAGGGCUCAUGUUACUGGAGCAUCAUCCAGUAGUUCUUCAAGCACUAAGGGUACUUACUUUCCCCCGAUUUUGAACCCUCCUCCAUCACCAGCUACAGAGCGUUCCCAUUAUACUAUGGAAUUUGGUUAUUCUUCAAACAGCCCUUCAACCCAUCGAUCAUACAGUUACAGGCCAUACAGCUACCGACAUUUUGCCCCUCCUACUACACCAUGCAGCACGGAUGUUUGUGACAGUGACUAUGCCCCCAGCCGCAGGGUGAUGACAGCAGUGGGGAAGGGUUACACCAGUGAUUUGAAUUAUGAUUCUGAGCCUGUGCCUCCACCGCCAACGCCACGCAGCCAGUACUUAUCAGCAGAGGAGAACUACGAAAGCUGCCCUCCAUCACCAUACACAGAACGAAGCUACUCACAUCACUUGUAUCCACCUCCACCUUCUCCGUGCACAGACUCUUCAUGAGAAACUGCCUCCCUCCUUUGACUGCCUCCAACUCACCAGUGUAAAUACUAAUUGCCCCUAUUCAGCAGGGGGGAGGAUGUGAGGCAGGGUAUAGUGUAUACAGUUAAAAAUUUAUUAUCUAGGGUGGGGUGGGGGAUCCUGGGAGUGUACAAAAAGGAGGUGAUCGGCAAGGUUAUUUAUAUAUUUUCCUAAAAAUAAAGUUUGCUGCUUUGUGCCAUAAAUUUUUUAAAAAAAAUUUAGACAAAGUUUUUUAUUUUUCCAAAUGUAACACAAGAAGAUGCCUUAAAACAUUGAAGUGACUGAGCACAUAGGGAAAUAGAAGGACCAGAGUGUAUUGCUAUUCAGUGAGCCAAAUACCAAAUAAAAAGUAGAAGAAAGCUUUUUUUUAUGAGGAUGAGAAUGAAAGGAGUGGAAUGUCUAAUGAAGCAUCAUCAUAAAUAAGUGCAAAAAGCUGAAUAACCUCUUGUAUUUUUAAUUCUGGUGGACCAGCAAUUCCGAUUAAACUUUUUUUAAAAUUGUCAAGACAGAUAACAUACGGUACACAAAGGGCUUUAGUUUCUGCAAGAAAACGGCUGUCACAACGGUGAAAACAUUUAUGCUUAUACAUAAUUAUGAAAACAGCACCUUUCGUUGAAUUUGAAUUUGAAUUAGCCCAGUUGCACCAUUUUAUAGCUCUUUAUUCCUUUCUGAGAAUUCUACCAUGUUCUUGGCUAUGGUGGUGUUUGAGACUGUGUGCUUUUAAUUACAUGUGUGGUUAUUUGUUUGGCAUCAAUAUUUCACCAUGAUGAGACAAAAAAUGGGCCUAGAAUAAGCUUGUAUAUCCCUAGCCUCAUACCUUCCUGUUGUAUUUUGUUCAGUUAGGAAGAUUCUGCAUUCAAAUACAUGUGGGGUGCCUUUGUUAUCCCCUUUUUGUAGUAGGGGAAGCAGGUGAGAGAAUGCACAAACCUGAGGCCUGAUCUUUAUCUCAUGUACAGUCUUUGGGCCAAAUAAUGAAUGAAGAGACCCUUUGUUAAGUGCACGCCUGCCUAAGAAUGUAUGUGUGAGAAAAAGACAGAAUGAGGUUUUUUCCCCUCCUGGUAUAAUUUGUCUAUGUCUCCUAUCAUACCACUGCUAUUUCCAUGACAAUGACAAGGGUAAUAGUACCUGAAAAACUUACCCUCCCAAUUCUACAAAAUAUUUCAUUCCCCCCAAAAGUUGUCAUAUUUUUAUGCUACAUAAAAUAAUAAUGAUAAUAAUAUAGAUGCCAUAUUUAUAAAUGAUAAAUUUAACUUUGAAUUCAUAGUUUAAUGUAAAUGAAAUCUUAUAUUCUUGCAGUACUUUCAGUGUAUUAUUACAGUAUACCAUUCAUAUAUAUUAAAAAUACUAUUUUUUUAAUUAGGACACAUUUUUUAAAAAAAAAAAAUCAGUCAUGAUCUGCUCUGCACCAUCCAGAAGGAGCAGAAAUGAUUUCCAACAAACUUAAAGAGUGUAUCAGUAAUGAUGCUGAAUAAGGCAAUCUUUGCAAUGUGAGUACGAUAUAUUACUUCUUAAGUGGCAAAAUUUUAUUUAUCACGCCCAAACCACUGUGAAUGUCAUUUUUCAACAUUAUUCUUUAACCUAAAUAUUUUGUUAACAUUAAUUUGUUGUGGGGUUGGUCCCCCCUUUUUUUCUCUGCACCUUCUAUCAUUGGACAGGAAUAUUAUCUUUUUAUGAUAGUUUUACACACUACCAAGAAGCCAACCCAUGAAAACCUUCCUUGCUUUAAUUAUCCAAAUGACUGGAACUUGUAGUUUUUUUGAUAUUUGGGGCAUACAAAUCUUUCAUUAAGGCUUCCAUUAGCUUCAGGCUUUGGAAAAUAUUUUUUUCAAAGAAGGCAGAGAGAGCCUUCCUUUUUGAACUAGAGGUAGGGAGAUAAUACAGUGGUACCUCGAUUUACGAACUUAAUCCGUAUUGGAACGGCGUUCGUAUGUCAAAAAG